CAAUUGGCACAGUCACGUUUUCCUGCUGGCGAUUUGUCGUCUCCAAGAAAUUACAACAAAGCAAGCAAAAAUCCAACUCAAUAAAUACAAUUAGUAUCCUGGUGCUGAAGGACUAAAAAUCAAACCUUCUUGAAGAUGUUGUCGCCGCCCCCGAUGCCACCGUUGAUGGUUUUGCUUUUCAUAUUGGGUCUGAACUUGGGCCUGAACUUGCCGGAGGUCCUGACGCUCACAGAGAAUGCGACAUUGGCGCCAGCCUCGCCUGUGGCUCCGUUGGCCGUCACGAUCAGUCCAAGCACCAUAUCGUCCCCGCUGACCACGGACUCAGUCAAUCUCACAGCGAGCGUUGGUAGCUUGGAACAGAAUCCUAACGCUGCCAACAGCAAGAGCAGCACCAGCAGCAGCAGCAGCGGGAGCAGUAAUAACAGCAGCAGCAGCAGUAGUAGUGGCAAUAGUUCGAUAUCCCUGCCCAUUGGCAGCGUGACAAGCACAGCCACUUCUACCAAUUUGGAACAGUUGGAGAUGGCUCCAUCCGUUCCAGCAGUACACACAUCAGUGGGCAAUGGCAGCGUUGAGUCGCUGGUUCCACCGCCACCACCUCAUGAAAUAAUUGGUUCGGCCAGCCCAACAAAGGUGGAGCAGGAGGCGAUCUUGCGAGCUCUUGAUUGGCUGAAGGAGAAACGCGCCUCCGACUACGGCUGGGGCAAUGACACGCAUGUGGUUAUACUGGCCAAAGAGUUGUCCGGCGGUCGGGAUCCGAACGACAGUGCCGAUGCCCAUAUGCAGGUUAUCCAGGAGCUAGAGGAUACGCUCUCAGUCAAGGAAAUGGAAAUCGAGAUACUUUCCAUGCUCGAUCGGCAUCAUACGCUUCCGAAACCCCUCAACCUAGACAAAUUGGCACGCUAUGUCUUGGCCUUGGGUUCGUUGUGCAAGGAUCCCAAGCAUUUUCAUGGACACGAUCUGGUGGCCACUCUGCAACACCACGAGCCCGUGCAGGACAUUGAGUUUGCCCUCACGACGCUCUCGGCCUGCAGCUCGGCGGCUCACGUACGCAAGCGUCAAAUCCGUCGACUGCUCGAUAUCGCCAGCGGAGUGACAGAUCAGAGUGUAGACGCCAUCGCCAUGGUCAUUUUGGCACUGCGUUGCAUUGUCACCGAUCAUCGCCAUCGCCAUCUGCAGCACUUUGUGCGGCGUCCAGCCAGAGGACUGGCCAGCCUGCAGGAUCAACGCGGCAGCUUUGGCUCACUGCGUAGCACGGCACUAGCCAUGCAGGCUCUCCAGGACUUGGAAUACGACCCUGCCGGUCAUUGGAAUCGCACAGCAGCCUCUCGGUACAUACUUAGUCGGCAGCGGGCCGAUGGCGGUUGGAGUGAAGAGCCACUGCAAGAUGGCCAGGAGCCUGACAUUGGUGUGGGUCUGACGGCCGACAUUGUUCUGGCUCUGGGCUGGAAGGGACUUGGUGCAGUGCGUGCUCUGCAAUGCGACCACGUGAUUCGGGAGAGCAGUGACCCAACGGAGAAUGGCGAACCCAAGCUGGCUGUGCCGUUUGGCCUGAGCUCAUCGGCUGAGGAAUCGGAUGCCAAGAAUAUAUCCUACACAUACACCUUGUGGGUCGGAUCCAAUGUUACUGAGGAUUUCUCUCUGUCGCUUGUAUCGCCCAAGAAUACGAGUUUCUUCAAGGCCAUGACACAAGCAGCCGAAAUGGAUCCCAGAUUCACUUUUGAGGCUCGUGAGUGGCCCAAUGGUCACUAUGUACACACACUCUACGGCAAAAAGGAGGAGCCACAAAGGUACCAUUAUUGGCUGCUCUAUCGGUUGCCUGAAUUACCCGAUGCCAACAACACGCCCGGAAAUCAACUUAUUGCGCCAGUUGGUGUCGACGAGCUGAUGGUUGAAGAUGGUGAACAUUAUCUCUACUGGUAUAAGAAACUCUAAGCACAUGGCAACGUAACCUAAUACGGGCCUUAGUUAAAAGAAACAACAAAACCAAAACAAAAGAAAGGAAACUAUAAGAAACAAAAACACAAAACACAGACACUAAAGUAAACCCACUAAGCAAAUUGCUAUCGCUAGGGCCACCUACUAGCUACCAACUAAAACAAAAACAAAAAAAAAACAUGCAUGCAUACA